GAUAAGAGAAUGCAAAAAACAAAAACCGUUUUGCCCCUCACCCCCCGCCACGGAUCACACAGUGUCCACAACAACACGCCUUAACAGCAGCCGUCGACCCUCGCGUUAUGACUUAUUAGUUAUUACUUUUUAUCGUCGCCUCCACAUCGGAACAUCGCUCAUCGCAGUUGCAUCGGAUUAAUACAACUAUAUAAGAAUAAUUAAUAAUAUUUCUACGACUACAACAAUAAAUUCGACAACCAACUUUUCCGUAUAACGAUUUUGAUUAGGUACCGCUAUUUGGUGAUUAUUUCGCGUUGUCUGGAAGAAUCGUCGUCCGUGCUGACGUUCUGCAGUCGUUCCGAAGUAGUCGUCGAAGUCAAGCGAAUAGCCGACGCGAGAGACACAAAAUACCGUCCACGUUGUCUGUCACCAGUUACCAGCCGCUCUGUCACUUCGACAAUGGGGGGAUUUUACAGUUAUUUCAAGAGUCUAUUUGGUGAAAAAGAACUGAGAAUUUUAAUCUUGGGCUUAGAUGGCGCAGGAAAGACUACCAUAUUGUAUAGGUUACAAGUUGGUGAAGUUGUAACUACUAUUCCAACAAUAGGAUUCAAUGUCGAGCAAGUUACUUAUAAAAAUAUUAAAUUUCAAGUUUGGGAUCUCGGAGGCCAAACAUCCAUUAGGCCAUACUGGAGGUGUUAUUAUUCAAAUACAGAUGCUGUAGUAUAUGUAAUUGAUUCAGUUGAUCGAGAAAGAAUGGGUAUAGCCAAAGACGAAUUGAUGUAUAUGUUAAAAGAAGAAGAACUAAAUGGUGCUAUAUUAACAAUAUUAGCCAACAAACAAGAUGUUGAGGGUUGUAUGAAUGUUACCGAGAUACAUCAAGCUCUUGGAUUAGACUCUUUAAAAAAUCGAACAUUCCAAAUAUUUAAAACAUCAGCCAAAAAAGGCAUAGGACUUGAUGAGGCUAUGGAUUGGCUUUGUAACACUCUACAAAAUCACAAAUAAUGAAAUGCUAUGUUUAUUAUAUUUCUAUUGUAAUUAGAAAAUUGUACAAAUUAAAAUGUUAUAAUGUUUAA